AUGCUGGACGGGACAUCUUCCAUUCUGGCCCAUCGGCUACAGAACUUGAGCCUGCUACUGCUCAGCCUUGUCUUCUUUCCGUUGGACAUGUUUAUACUAGCCAUCUCCUUCUUCAUACAGAGCACCUUACACAACAAGGCAACUAGGAGUCGGGACCUUGCCAGGAAUAAGCCCGCAUUUCAACGGCGGACUGUCCUCGUGACUGGCGUUGGGAUGACAAAAGGCCUGGCUAUAGCAAGACUAUUCUAUCAAGCCGGUCACGAUGUCAUCGGAGCAGACUUUGAACCUGACGGAGCACUGGUGUGCGGGCGAGUGUCGAAGUCACUCAGGAGAUUCUACCGGCUCGGCAGCCCGGACGCGAAGAACGGUUCGGCACUAUAUAUCCAGAGCCUGCUGGACAUCAUCGCCCAAGAAAAGGUAGAUCUGUGGAUCAGUUGUUCUGGCGUGGCGUCUGCAGUCGAGGAUGGGAUGGCAAAGGAAGUGGUGGAAGCAAGGACGCCGUGCAAGGCGAUUCAGUUCGACGUCAAGUCGACUCAGACUCUUCAUGAGAAACACAGCUUUAUCGAAUACACAAAAAGCAUGGGACUCACAGUUCCUGAUACUCAUGAAGUCACCAGCCGCGCUGCCGUUGAAGAUAUUCUCCGAGACGCACCAGGAGGCCGCAAGUAUAUCCUGAAGACGAUUGGCGUGGACGACUCGGUAAGAGGUGACAUGACCUUGCUUUCCAAGGACUCUGCAUCCGAGACUUCCAAGUAUAUUGCGCGGCUGAGAAUCUCUUUUGAAUCCCCCUGGAUCUUGCAACAGUUCAUCAAGGGUAGGGAAUACUGUACGCACUCCUUGGUCAUCGGAGGGAGAGUGAAGGCCUUCGUGGCGUGUCCUUCGGCAGAGCUGUUGAUGCACUACGAAGCAUUACCUUCCGACUCGCCCCUGAGCAAGGCUAUGCUUCAGUUUACCACGGAGUUUGCUGCUAAAGGUGGCCCGGGAUUUACAGGCCACCUCUCAUUUGACUUCAUGGUGGUGGAUGACGGAGACCUGGAUCUCGACGGUGGAAGUAUCGCCUUGUAUCCGAUCGAGUGUAAUCCAAGAGCACAUACUGCGGUGGCUCUUUUCAAUGGAUCCAUGAAGAUGGUCGAUGGUUAUCUGUCGGUUUUGCAAGCCAACACAAGUCUGAAAGAGGAUGUCAGCGAGGUCAUCACACCUGUGCAAAAGGACAGCUAUUACUGGGUUGGCCAUGAUCUGGUGACAUUGCUUCUCCUCCCCACACUAUCAUUCUUGACGUUCGACAAGUCGUUGUCAGAUCUUGUCCGAGACUAUGCAGCAUUCGUCAGCCAUCUUCUGACCUGGAGAGACGGAACAUAUGAGACAUGGGAUCCUUUACCUUGGUGGUGGCUGUAUCAUGUCUACUGGCCUGAGCGGUUUCUGACUUGUCUAAGGGCCGGCCAGAAAUGGAGUCGUCUGAAUGUCAGUACGACCAAGAUGUUCCAGUGUUGA